AUGCGUCGCUCCAUGGACGUUGACGCGAACGUAUGUGUCGCUGUGACGCUGGCGUUCGCGACUCUGUUCACCGUGGCCCGGUUCUGGGCGAGAUACAUGACCAAGGUCAAGCUCUGGCUGGAUGAUUGGUUCGCCCUGGCGGCCUAUAUCACGGGUGUAGGAUUUUCAGUCCUCAUCGUCGCAUGGACCGUCAUCGGAGGCCUGGGCCAGGAGAUUGCGACCCUCGACAUGUCGUCCGACGAGGCCAUCAAGCGGUCGUCCAUCUUCGUCCUGCUCAUCGAACUCUUCUACGCCUUCUCCCUCUUCUGCUCCAAGUUCUCCAUCCUUGGCAUGUACUGGCGCCUCUUCAGCACGUCACCCAUCCGCCUGCCCAUCCAGGUCCUCGCCGUCGUGUCCCUCAUCUGGGUCAUCAUCCGCACGUUCAUGACCAUCUUUCACUGCGUGCCCCCGCAGGCCUUCUGGGACCCGUCGGUCAAGAAUGCGCGGUGCGAUAUCGACAACUCCAAGUUCUUCUUUGGCACCACGCUCACCCAUCUGCUGAUUGACGUGGCCAUCCUCAUGCUGCCCGCCAUACAAGUGAGGCAGCUGAAGCUGCGGACGGGCCAGAAGCUGGGCGUGGUUGGGCUGUUCAUGUUUGGUGCUGUUGUCUGUGUGGCAGCCGUCGUCCUCCUCGUCGCGGCGGUACACUUGGACAGCCAUUCUCCCGAGAUGCCCUAUGACAUGAUCACCAUCAUGAUUCCAGCGACCAUCGAGGUCAACUUCGCCGUUGUCUCGGCCUGCCUCCCUACGAUACGCCCCGUCAUCCAACGCCUCGUGCCCAACUCAGCCCUCGCCUCGGGCGGCCGGAGCAGCACCAACAACGGCGGCGCGCGGACGCGGACGGGCACGGGCACAAAUGUCAAGCUCCGCACGCUGGCGACCGCCUAUGAGCUCGAGGACGACAGCUCCACCAAGAACUUUGCGGACCGCAACUACAGCUCCAACGGCAUGCGUUAUGCUGACGCCGAGACGGGCAGUUCUGGGUCCAACGAAGACGUGUCGCGGCCGGGGCCGAGGACGGUCAUCGAGGCGGGCCCGGACGAUGGGCAGACGUCGACUCGCAGCGGACAGCCCGAGGACGGCGGCAUACGGGUCAAGAACGAGAUGAGUAUUUCGUACGAGUCCAGGUGA